AUGGCACGCGAAUAUCCUAUUGAAAAUGUGCGCAACAUCGGCAUUGCAGCGCACAUUGAUGCUGGCAAAACAACUACAACUGAACGGGUUCUCUUCUACACCGGCAAAAAACAUAAGAUCGGUGCGGUAGAUGAUGGCACCGCUGAGAUGGAUUGGAUGGUGCAGGAACGAGAACGCGGUGUGACAAUCACCGCCGCCGCAACAACCUGUUUCUGGCGUGAACACGCAAUUCACCUCAUUGAUACACCGGGACAUGUCGAUUUCACGGUGGAAGUAGAGCGUUCUUUGCGGGUCUUGGAUGGUGCUAUAGCACUUUUCUGUGCUGUCGGUGGGGUGGAACCUCAGUCAGAAACCGUCUGGCAUCAGGCAGAACGUUAUGGUGUACCGCGUAUUGUUUUUGUCAAUAAGAUGGACAGGGUUGGUGCGAAUUAUGCCCGCGUUCUGGAGAUGAUGAAAGCGCAAUUGGGUGCGAAUCCACUUCCGCUCCAAUUACCGAUCGGUGAAGGCACAGACUUUGCGGUGUUAUUGAUCUGGUGA